CUUCAUCCAUUCCUGAGGAAAAUUCAAUUUGUAAGCACUGAUGGAGAACAAAUAUGCUUUGAUGAGAAUAAGAAUCAUGUGGAAAAAUACGAUAUACAAAAUUUUAUUGUACACGCUAGACACUAUACAUUUCUAGUUAACGUAGGAGAGUUUGUCUCCACAAGUCCACAAGAUCAAGGCUUAUUCAUCAAUGAAGUUAUGAUCAAAUGGCCAAGAAACUUCAAUCAGACUCCUCAAUCUAUAUGUACACAGAGCUGUGGUCCAGGUUUCUGGAAAAUUAUAGAAAAAGACAGACCUAUCUGCUGUUUUUCUUGUGUGUUUUGUCCAGAGAGACACGUUUCCAAUCAAACAGAUCAGCAGGAGUGUAUCCCUUGCCCAAUUCAAGAGUACCCAAACCCUGAGAGAAACAGCUGCCUGCCCAAGUCAGUGAUAUUCCUGUCCUUGGAGGAUUCUCUGGGCAUGGCUCUGGCCUGCAUAGCUCUGUGCUUGUCUGUCAUCACAGCUGUAGUUUUGGGAAUCUUUCUCAAGCACCAAGACUCACCCAUCGUGAAGGCCAAUAAUCGGACUCUCAGCUUCAUCCUGCUCAUCUCCCUCCUCCUCUGCUUUCUGUGCCCAUUUCUCUUCAUUGGUCAGCCAAACACAGCCUCCUGCAUAUUGCAACAAAUUACAUUUGCUCUGGUGUUCACUCUGGCUCUUUCCACUGUCUUGACCAAAACUAUAACGGUAAUUCUGGCCUUUAGAAUCAUGGCACCAGGAAGAACACUGAAAAGGUUCUUUCUCUCAGGCGUCUAUAACUAUGUCAUCCCCAUCUGUGUCCUGAUCCAGAUUAUUCUCCUUGGAUUCUGGCUGGGAACUUCGCCUCCCUAUAUUGAAGAAGAUGCACACUCUGAACAUGGUCACAUCAUCAUUUUGUGCAAUAAGGGCUCUGUCACUGGUUUCUACUCUGUGCUGGCAUACUUGGGGAUCCUGGCCCUAGUGAGCUUCACUGUGGCUUUUCUGGCUAGGAAUCUGCCUGACACCUUCAAUGAAGCCAAGUUCCUGACAUUCAGCAUGCUGGUGUUCUGCAGUGUCUGGGUCACCUUCCUCCCUGUCUACCACAGCACCAAGGACAGGACCAUGGUAACUGUGGAGAUCUUUUCCAUCUUGGUGUCCACUGCAGGGCUGCUAGGAUGCAUCUUUUUUCCAAAGUGCUACAUAAUACUCCUAAGACCUGAAAAGAAUUCUUUGAAAUGUUUUAAGAACAAAACACAAUCUAGGAAAAACUCAUCAUUUUGA